AUGUGUCUGACCUAUUGCGUGAUCCACAGAGAAGCUCUGGUUUCCAAAGAAAUGAGUUCUGGUCUCAACAUUGUGCUAACGACAGUUGUAACUGUAGUUAAUUAUAUAAAAAUUAGACCCCUAAAACCAAGAAUUUUUAAUGCACUUUGUAAAGAUAUGGGCGCAGAACAUUCGACGUUGCUAUUUUAUGGUGAGGCCAGAUGGUUAUCGUGUGGAAAAUUUUUACAAAGUAUUCAUGAGUUAAAAGAGGAAAUUGCCACUUUUCUAGAAAAUGAAAGCAGCCCAGAAGGAGAAAACUUUCGAGAUGCUUCAUUUGUGAUGAAAAUGAGUUACUUGGUUGACGUGUUCAAGAAAUUAAAUACCAUGAUUAUAGCAAACACACAUGUUGGAUACCAUUGA